UAGUCUGGUGACAUUAAUGUUUCUCUAUUGACGAGCCUGUCAAAAUGUCUAGAGAGAAACAGCUGGAAGUAGCAGUGAAUAUUUUUCGAUAUUUUGCAUAACAGUUUUCGUUUUGAUGUAUUUUUAAGGAGAAGACACGAUUGCUGAUCUGCUAUUGAAAACAAUUGACGUGACAGUUGUCUUUAAAAGGCGCAAACAUGACGGAGGACAUGUUGGGUGCAGACAUAUGCAGGGUCUGUAGAUCAGAGGGUCUGGCUGACAGACCUCUGUUCCAUCCUUGCAUUUGUACCGGUAGUAUAAAAUGGAUACAUCAGGAGUGCUUGGUACAAUGGAUGCGGUACUCGCGCAAGGAAUACUGCGAGCUGUGUGGUUAUCGGUUUUCAUUUACUCCAAUAUACAGUCCAGACAUGCCUCGACGCUUGCCAUUGCGCGAUGUCGUGGGUGGUUUGCUGUCAAGUAUAGCCACUGCAGUGAAAUACUGGCUACACUACACCCUGGUAGCCAUUGCAUGGCUUGGAGUUGUUCCAUUAACUGCCUGUCGUACUUAUCGAACACUGUUCAGUGGUUCCCUCGAUCUAGUCCGGAUAAUGUCGCUGCCGAUGGAGAUGCUAUCGACAGAAAACGUUUCUUCCGACGUUUUCCAUGGAUGUUUUGUAGUGACCUGCACUCUGUUUGCUUUUAUUGGCUUAGUCUGGCUUCGUGAACAAAUUUUACACGCGGGUGGUCCUGAUUGGCUUGAAAGAGAUAAUGUACAGCUGCCACCAGUAGACAAUCCUCCUCAACCUGGUGGACAACCCCAGCAAGCCCACAACCAACAAGCAAUUCAACAACCAGAAGCUCAGGAUAACAACAACAUACCACCAUUCGUAGAAGAUCCUCCACGAGAGGAAAGAGGACCUUACGGUGGCAAUGUACAAUUGGAACCAAUUAAUAAUCCCCGCCAGGAUGACAGACGACCUCAACAGGUUCAGGCUCAACAGGGAGUCCAGCAACCGGAAGCUCCAAAUAACAACAACAUACCACUAUUCCCAGAAGUUCCGUUACGAGAAGAAAGAGGACCUUAUAUUGGGAAUGCACAAUUACAACCGGACAAUAAUCUUAACCAGAACGAUGGACGGCCUCAACAGGCUCAGGGUCAUCGAGGAAUCCAACAUCCGGAAGCUCCGCAUAACAACAAUGUACCGCCAUUUGUAGAAGACCUUCCACAAGAUGAAAGGGGAGCUUUUGCUGACAAUGUACAACCACUACCAGCAAAUAAUUUAUUUCAGGGUCAACAAGGAAUUCAGCAACCAGAUGCUCCAAAUAAUAACAACGUACCACAUUUUGUGGAUGAUCCUGUAGUUCCACAGCCACUUGUAUAUAUUGUUGAAGGUAACAACAUGGAUGCUCAUGAACCACGAGAGGUUAAUAUACCUGAACCUGCGGAUAUUGGCGAGCCUGACAGAAUGCCAAGGGGAGAUGAACCUCUUCCACCGAGGGAUGAACCUGGGAUAGAUGGUGCCCAACCAAAUGCUGCUGCAGAUGGAGGCUGGAGAGGCCAACCUCAGGAACAAGUUGAAGCAGAAGAGGCUAACUGGAACCCAAUGGAAUGGGAUCGACCUGCUGAAGAAUUAACAUGGGAACGUCUGCUUGGUUUGGAUGGUUCACUCGUAUUCCUGGAGCAUGUUUUCUGGGUUAUCUCAUUAAACACUUUAUUCAUUAUGGUGUUUGCAUUUUGUCCAUAUCACAUCGGCCACUUUGCAAUAGCAGGAUUAGGCAUGCAAGAACAUGCAGCUGCCUCUCAUUUUGAAGGCCUAGUGACUACCCUCUGCGGUUACUGCGUAAUCGGUUUAUGCCUCGUUGUACUUCAUACCCUGGCGGCGCUACUGGGUCAGCAACGUUCUCAACGAAUCCUAGGCCUUUGCUAUGUCGUGGUGAAAGUCUCCCUGUUAUCCGUUGUCGAAAUUGGAGUACUACCUUUAGUGUGCGGAUGGUGGCUGGACAUUUGUUCCUUGGCAAUGUUCGACGCAACUUUGAAAGACAGAGAAUCCUCCUUUAGAUUUGCCCCAGGCACAUCCAUGUUUAUUCAUUGGUUGGUUGGAAUGGUGUACAUCUAUCACUUCGCCUCUUUUAUCCUACUUUUACGAGAGGUUCUGAGACCUGGUGUACUCUGGUUCCUGAGGAACUUGAACGACCCGGACUUCUCUCCGAUUCAGGAGAUGAUACACUUGCCAAUUUUGAGACACGCUAGAAGACUCGUCGCUUCCGCUGUUAUAUUUGGUACAGCUAUUCUUCUUAUGCUCUGGUUACCGAUAAGGCUACUGAAAUGGGCAUGGCCAGGAUUCCUACCCUACACCGUAACUGUACAGAGUGAAGCUCAGGUCAGCGAAUUGUCUCUUGAGCUUCUAUUACUCCAAGUCAUUCUUCCUGCUUUGUUGGAGCAAUCCCACACGCGCACCUGGCUCAAAGCUCUGGUUAGAGGUUGGUGUCGUGUGGUAGCAUGGUUAUUAGAUCUGCAAUCCUACCUCCUCAAAGACCAAGCUGACGAACCAGGUCCAGCAGUCAUUGAGGAAGCACAACAUCCAGGCUUAGGUGCUGCACAUCAAGCACUCAUGCACAGAGAAGCGGGCAGAGAGACAGACUUUCAACCUUAUAUAAGACCACGAUGGUUCCCUGCUAGAUUAGUAGGAUUACUCUUCUGCGUAUGCAUAUCUUUAGUCGUGGCUAGCCUGAUCGCGAUGACCCUACCAGUUUGGUUAGGUCGCCGAGUAAUGGCACUGUGGAUGGUCGGAGCACCAGCACCAUCGCCACCGGUGCUGCCACCAACACUUUUCAGCAAUGAUGGAACCGAAAGUGUGGUAACCCUAUCCGGAAGAGUGCACGAGGUGUACACAGUAGCCUGCGGUACCUACGUUUGCUGGGCAGCCGUGCGAGGUCUAGCCCUAGCCUUCUCGUGGUUACCACGUGGACGUCGAGCUGUCCUGGACAGAAUAAAGCAUUGGGCAAUCCUGGGAGUAAAAGCCUCAGUCGCCUUUGUCCUUCUCGUCGGAGUGAUUCCGCUCCUAUUUGGCUUGCUCCUGGAACAAGUCGUAGUAGUGCCUUUGCGAGUACCUCUUGAACAAAAUCCAAUACUAUUCGUGUGGCAAGACUGGGCCCUCGGCGUCCUGUACACGAAAAUAGCAACAGCUGUAACAAUGAUGGGUCCGGAAUGGAGACUUCGUCUCGCGAUCGAGCGGGCCUACAAUGAUGGCAUCAGGGAGAUGGACUUGAAAUUUGUCGUGACGGAAUUAGCAGCACCAGUUAUCUGUUGCUUUGGACUUGCUCUGGCAAUUCCUUACGCGAUCGCCUAUGGAAUAGUUCCACUAGUUGUGACAAAUCUACAGACCCAGAUUCUCAUAGCGCGACGCCUCUAUCCUUUCCUACUAUUGGUUAGCCUGGUGUGCGUCCUCGUUAGCUUCCAGAUACGUCAAUUCAAAAAGCUCUACGAGCAUAUAAAGAACGAUAAGUAUCUCGUGGGACAGCGACUGGUUAAUUAUGAGCAUCGCAAUAAAUCCCAAAACCAACAGUCACAGAGAUCGAGCUAACGAUACGGAUGUUAAAAUUGAUGCAGAGAAGAAAGCAAAAGGAAAUACCUUUUACUUGGCCACGCUCCUUCGAUGAGAAUAGAAUGAACGGCGAACUAGGUUAGCUUCAUGUACAUUCUUAUUAUAUCUUGAGAUACUGUUCUAUUAUGACGAUCAAUAAGUUAUGUUUGAAAUCUGUGCUUUAAUUUCUUUUUAAUAUCUUAAUAUAUUUAUGUAAGCGAUAACGAAUAAAUCGAAAAGACUGUUUGGUUUCCAACGCUAUCACUUUUACGUGAGACGUAUCGCUUAGCACCCUAGAAGAGAGAAUGUGUAAUCAGUAAUUCUUGGUUACUUGGUUCUUGGCCAUUGGUUCAUAAAAAAUUACUCGUGAUCCUAAUAUCUUUUUGAGAUGCUUGUUGGGUGAUUUUUUUCUCUCUCAUUAACCUUAUCUUAUAAAAGUGGAUUCUAGGAAUAGUUUCGUUACCACGUACGAGUCCUAGUGUGCGUAAUAAAAAAUUUAUAGUGAAUACCUAGUGUAACGCUAAUGUAACUGAUAAAUCUGAACAAUAGUGAUGAUUCCCGAGAUAUAAAGUCAGUGCGAUAAAGCUUGUUAUGGCAGUGUCUCUGAAUCGAUGAAAAUAGAAACUUAGAAAUAAAUUUCUUCCCAGGUAACACAUGAAGGGAUGAAGAUGGAACAAAAUUAUGAUUUUCUUUGUUGCGCAACCAAUUGGUUAAUUAUUUUCAUACUUGAGGAGGCAAUGCGAUACUGGCUUGCUAGUAUACUUUUAUGGUUUAGAGAACUUAUUAUAUUUCAAUACUUUAACUGUAACAGUAUUGCAUAACAGUCUAAUGGAAAUUCCUCUUUGAUUAAAACCUAAAAGAGAAGGAAUUUUAAAAAUCUUGUAUUUGAAUGAAGUUAUUAUAAACCUCAAACAAAAGUGAAGGUUCUGGAAAAAGCAUAAAAACUUUGUUACUUUGAUUCAAUACUAAAGUUUAAUUAACACUUAUGUGUUCUAUUGAAAUACUAUAUUGUGUUCGUGCUCACAUCUGGGCUUAUGAAUUUGACCAUGAUUCUUUUUAUCGAAUCUUUAAUUUCUUACUGGAGUAUUGCACUAGUAUAUACAUUUUGAUCAUUGUUAAAUAAAUAUACUAAAACCGUCAAAUACCAGAGGUGCUCAUUUAAUUUAUCAAUUACAUUUAUUAUUGAACUACCAUACUAACUAUAGAACAAGAGUUAAAUGAACACCUUUAAGUAUAUUUUUCAGUAAAUUCUUCAUGUAAAAGUGCUAUAUGUUAAAAACUACUUGAGCUGUUGAUUUUUAGUCGCGGAUUUCCUCGUCCGUAAAGACGCUUUAGGAAGUUCCAAAUGUUAUAACGUUCUGUUCUUUUAGGAAUAUUCAUAAUCAACUCUUGUAUUUUGGCUUGAACAGCGAGUAAAUUUUGUCACAUAAAAGUAAUAGAGAUAAAUAGUGGGCGGUAAAUGAUCGGGAAAGGUAAUUGAAAUCAGCUAUAGAUUAUAUAUACAGGGUGAUUCCAUUGGAAAGAAACGACAUCUACUUUGAAAGUGGAUUUAUGUCGAUGGAACAAUCUGUAAGCAAUGUCUUAUUUUAAAAUAUUAUUCUCCAUACUCUAGACAGGAUGCACCGACAUUGCUUUGAUAGUCACUGAAUUAAAAAUGACCGGACAUUUGGAUUAUUGUUUGUCUAAGAAAGCGCAGAGGAUGAUAUGAUUAAUAAUCUUGAAGCUCAAUCAUGAAAGGUUCACAAAUAUAUAUUAUACAGGUAGGUAUCAAAAAUGGAUUUCGUUUUAUCUAUGCAAUCAUGUUUGUAUAUUUUUACUCAGUGAUUGUCAGAGAAUCCACUCUGUAGUGUUGACUAUUAAUUUGAACAUCCUGUACAUAGAUACAUUACGUACGCAUAGAGUAUCUUUAAGAAAAGCAGUUAUAUGCGAUUAAAUUUUUCUAUAAUAAAUCUGUAUCAAUACUUCAUAGUCCGCUGUUAGAAAUUCUCAGACGAAAAUUUAAUAAUUCAUAUUAUCUCACGGUGAUAAGAUGUAUUUUAAAUGUUUCCUUAUAUUCUACAAACAAAAGAGACGACUCGAAUAAAUGUGUGUCUCGAAAAAAGAAAAAUGUGUAAGAACCUCUCUACAAUAAAGAACAAACGAGGAUAGUUACAAGAGUUUUGAAAUAAAAAUCUUCAUAUAUUUUAAA